AUGUUUAUUGUUAUGGCUAACAUAAUCUGCUUUCAAUUGAUUUCCUUGUUAAUUGCAAAAAGUUAUGCCGAUUUGUAUGAUUACUAUGAUGACGCGUUAGCUCGUCGUAUGUUGAUUUUGUCGGCAGGUGCGUAUCACCUCGAGAAUCCGGAAUAUUGCAUCACAAAUCAUUUUGGCAAUGUUGAAAUGGUGCAGGUAAGUUUUUUAGUAUAUUUUUUGUUGGGAUGGGGCUUUUAUUUUGGGUUUUCGUUGUAUUUUUUUGUAAGUUUACCCUACCUAACUCUAACCUACCUUACCCUACGUAACUCUGCCUUACCGUAUCCUACCUAACUUUAUCUUACCCUCAACUAAACUAAAACAAUUUCAGUUAUACAAAGAAUUAUGUGCAUUUAACUACGAAGACCUAUGUGCAAGUUACAUGGCUCUACUACAUGAUGACAAAGUGAUUGCCAUUGUCUUCAGAGGCACUGUCAAGAUGACACAACUAAUGGACGAAAGUUUCAGCGGAUUUGAAGCCAAAGAAAGAUAUUAUGAAAUAGGUGAUGUCAAUGUUUACUUUAACUCAGCAUUUCGACAGAUUUGGGUAACUGGAAUGUCUGACGUUUUUGAUGAGAUACGACAACAAUAUCCAAUAUAUACUGUAUGGGUGACUGGACAUUCUUUUGGCGGUGCUCUUACUUCAUUAUUGGCACCGUACUUGAUAUGUAAGUAUGGUUAUAAUGCAACUAAUUUGGCUUUGUACACGUUUGGACAGCCGAGAGUUGGUGAUGAUGAUUAUGCUUAUUCACAUUCAGAAAUGGUAUAGUAUUACUAGCUCUGGCUAAACCUCUUGCUCUUGCUCUUGCUUCACCUCUAACUCAAGCACAAGCUCAAACUUUAACUGAAGCCCAAGCUCUAGCCCACCUCUAGUUUUAGUUCUAUCUCUAGCUCUAGCUGUAUAUGAAUAAAAUGAUUUUUUUUCAGAUUCCCUGGUUCUUCCGUGUAGUUCACAACCAAGACGUUGUGGCAGAAGUCUUUCCCGAAGCCCUAGGCUACAAACAUCAUUCGACGGAAGUUUGGUACGGCGCAGAUAUGAGUCCAGGAGCUGGUUACACAAUUUGUGGAUAUAACUAUGGAGCUGUUUGUGAAAAACCACUUGGUAUCCCAAGCAAAGAAGAUCAUAGUAUAUAUUUUAAUAAGUUUUUGAGCAAAUAUGGCCGACUGAAUUGCACUUUACCAAUCAGUGUUUCAAAGUUGGAGAAGCUGCUUGUGAUUGAUUUUUAA